CUUGGGUUGAUUGAUAUUGGUCUACCGAUUUUUUCACUUAAAACUUCUUCAGCAAUUGCGAUAACAUCGAUAAACGACAACAACACCUACAGAAUUCUCGUAUUGUUUGCCGUCAGCUCUUUCGCCCGGCGGUGUUCAUGUCGAGUCUGACCGGCCGCSGACAUUAACGUCGCCUCCGCCGCUGUGACAAGUCGAACGCGUCCCAACAGUGCUCAAAUCCCGGGGAACAGCAACCACCGGACCACAGCGGCGGCAUUGGACAGGGGACACCUCAGGRGAGAGACGGGACCGAUCGUACGGACAACGAAAUCCACGAAACACGCCACUCAGGACCACCAAAAACUAUGGAAAAGGGCGACAAGAAAAAUAACGACUGUUACUUUUAUUACUAUUCCACUUGCAUGAAGGGAGACAAAUGUCCAUUUCGCCAUGAACCUCAAGCAUUAGGAUGUGAAAUGGUGUGUAGUUUUUGGCAAAGCGGAAAGUGUGAAAAUGAUCAUUGUACAUUACGCCAUAUGGAAUUAAAGAAAAACCGUAAAGCAAUACCAUGUUAUUGGGAAAAACAACCCACUGGAUGUCGCAAGCCAUAUUGUGCAUUUCUGCAUACCAAAACUCGUGAUCCAUCUCAAGAUGCAGGGGCUAUUGCAAUGGCAGCUAAUACCAUGGCUAUUGAAAAUAGCUUUCGCAUAAAUCCAAUGGCUGGUGUUGCACUUACUGCUGGUCCUGAAGCUGCAUUGCGACAACGUUAUGACCAGCCAUUACGAAUGAAUUGACAACCAAUGAACGCGAGUACGGCAUCUACUGUUUAUGGCAGUUCUGUCGUCACACUGCCAUAUGUAUUCAAUAAUAAUCAAUCCACUGCUGCCAUGUUUCUUGAUCAUUGCAACUUUAAUGCGUUUAUGUAAAAUUCAAUAUUGGUAUUGAAAACCUAUUUUCAGUACCUAUUGAAGAAUAAAAAAAAAACUGUUUUCCUAGAAAAUUUUCAUAUUCUUGGUUAGGCAGAACUGUUUCAUUAAACAAAUGCAAUAUUCAACAACUUAAGGCCGAAGCUUAUUUAUUUAUUUAUUUAUUUAAUUAUCUUUGUUUUUCUAUUUGAAUAUUUUAUUUUUAUUUUUAACUAUUGU